GAGGAGCGGUGCCAGAGCGGGGUGGGCGCUGCCAGGGGGAGGUACAGCGGGCAGCGAGUUCGAGUCCCGCCUCCGCGAACCUCGACCGGGAGCCGCUUCUCCCUCCGGGCUUCGUCAGGGACGAAGGGAAGGGCGGGUGGUUGUUUGCUUCCCGCUCCCGUUUGGUUUUUCCUCCUGAACGCCGAGGCCGCGGCUUUCUCUGUGGGGCGCCAGCCCGCAGGCGACAGAGUUUGCCAGGAGUUUGUGCGGACUUCGGGCCCCGGCCCCCCCCGCCCCGCCGUCGCCAUGCCCGUGUUCCACACGCGUACCAUCGAAAGCAUCCUGGAGCCGGUGGCCCAGCAGAUCUCCCACUUGGUCAUCAUGCACGAAGAGGGGGAAGUGGACGGCAAGGCCAUCCCGGACCUCACUGCCCCCGUGACGGCCGUGCAGGCCGCUGUCAGCAACCUGGUGCGGGUUGGAAAAGAGACUGUGCAGACAACAGAAGACCAGAUCUUGAAAAGGGAUAUGCCCCCAGCAUUUAUCAAAGUGGAGAAUGCCUGCACCAAACUUGUUCGGGCAGCCCAGAUGCUGCAAGCAGAUCCUUACUCAGUCCCAGCUCGUGACUACCUCAUUGAUGGAUCAAGAGGAAUCCUGUCUGGAACAUCAGACUUACUUCUGACAUUUGAUGAAGCAGAGGUCCGUAAAAUCAUCCGUGUCUGCAAGGGAAUAUUGGAAUACCUGACUGUGGCAGAAGUAGUGGAGACCAUGGAGGAUUUGGUGACAUACACAAAGAAUCUAGGGCCAGGAAUGACAAAGAUGGCCAAAAUGAUUGAUGAGAGACAACAGGAACUAACCCAUCAGGAGCACAGAGUUAUGCUGGUAAACUCCAUGAAUACUGUGAAGGAGCUCUUGCCAGUACUUAUUUCAGCUAUGAAGAUUUUUGUAACCACGAAAAACUCCAAAACCCAGGGGAUAGAAGAGGCCUUGAAAAAUCGGAAUUUCACAGUGGAGAAGAUGAGUGCUGAGAUCAAUGAAAUAAUCCGUGUGCUACAGCUCACUUCCUGGGAUGAAGAUGCCUGGGCAAGCAAGGACACAGAAGCCAUGAAAAGAGCUUUAGCCUUAAUAGAUUCAAAGAUGAAUCAGGCAAAAGGUUGGCUGAGAGAUCCAAAUGCACCUCCAGGGGAUGCUGGUGAGCAAGCCAUCAGGCAGAUCCUGGAUGAAGCUGGCAAAGCAGGAGAGCUGUGUGCUGGCAAGGAACGCAGGGAGAUCCUGGGAACAUGCAAGACACUGGGCCAGAUGACUGACCAACUGGCUGACCUCAGGGCAAGAGGACAGGGUGCUACUCCCAUGGCAAUGCAGAAGGCACAGCAGGUGUCCCAAGGUCUGGAUGUGCUCACUGCAAAGGUGGAGAAUGCAGCCCGGAAACUGGAGGCCAUGACAAACUCUAAGCAGGCAAUUGCCAAGAAGAUUGAUGCUGCUCAGAACUGGCUUGCAGAUCCAAAUGGGGGCAGUGAAGGAGAAGAGCAUAUUAGGGGAAUCAUGGCUGAAGCAAGGAAAGUUGCAGAACUGUGUGAGGAGCCUAAGGAAAGGGAGGACAUCCUGAGGUCCUUGGGGGAAAUCUCUGCUCUCACAGCAAAGCUGUCAGAUCUGCGACGACAUGGGAAAGGUGACUCUCCAGAGGCCCGAGCAUUGGCUAAGCAAAUAGCUACAUCACUUCAGAAUUUACAGUCCAAAACAAACAGAGCUGUGGCAAACACAAGGCCAGUUAAGGCAGCUGUCCAUUUGGAGGGAAAGAUUGAGCAAGCUCAAAGGUGGAUAGAUAAUCCUACAGUUGCUGAUCGGGGAGUAGGCCAGGCAGCGAUCCGGGGGCUGGUGGCAGAAGGACGGCGUUUGGCCAACGUCAUGAUGGGCCCUUACCGGCAGGACCUGCUUGCCAAGUGUGACCGAGUGGACCAGCUGGCUGCUCAGCUGGCUGACCUGGCAGCAAGAGGGGAGGGAGAAUCUCCUCAGGCCAGGGCAAUUGCUGCUCAGCUUCAGGACUCACUGAAGGAUCUUAAGACACGGAUGCAAGAGGCAAUGACCCAGGAGGUUUCUGAUGUUUUUAGUGACACCACAACUCCUAUUAAAUUAUUAGCAGUAGCAGCUACUGCUCCCUCUGAUGCUCCCAACAGGGAAGAGGUGUUUGAUGAACGAGCAGCAAACUUUGAAAACCAUGCUGCUAGGCUGGGAGCUACAGCAGAAAAAGCAGCAGCAGUUGGAACUGCAAACAAAACAACUGUGGAGGGCAUUCAGGCCACGGUGAAGUCGGCACGGGAGCUGACCCCACAGGUGGUAUCAGCUGCUCGAAUCCUCCUGAGAAAUCCUGGAAACCAAGCUGCUUAUGAACACUUUGAGACCAUGAAAAACCAAUGGAUUGAUAAUGUAGAAAAAAUGACAGGCUUGGUGGAUGAAGCCAUUGAUACCAAAUCCCUGUUGGAUGCCUCAGAAGAAGCAAUUAAGAAAGACCUUGACAAAUGCAAAGUUGCCAUGGCCAACAUGCAGCCUCAGAUGCUGGUAGCUGGUGCCACCAGCAUUGCCAGGAGAGCCAACCGCAUCCUGCUGGUGGCAAAACGGGAGGUGGAGAAUUCCGAAGACCCCAAAUUCCGGGAGGCUGUCAAAGCAGCCUCUGAUGAGCUCAGCAAAACCAUAUCACCAAUGGUGAUGGAUGCUAAAGCAGUAGCAGGAAAUAUUUCUGAUCCUGGUUUGCAGAAAAGUUUCUUGGAUUCUGGAUACCGAAUUCUGGGAGCUGUGGCCAAAGUCAGGGAAGCCUUCCAGCCUCAGGAACCAGACUUCCCCCCUCCUCCUCCUGACCUUGAGCAGCUUCAUCUAACUGAUGAGCUUGCUCCUCCAAAGCCACCCCUUCCAGAAGGUGAGGUUCCCCCACCCAGACCACCACCCCCUGAAGAAAAGGAUGAAGAGUUCCCAGAGCAGAAAGCAGGAGAAGCCAUCAAUCAGCCCAUGAUGAUGGCUGCCAGGCAGCUGCACGACGAAGCUCGGAAAUGGUCUAGCAAGCCUGAUGUGACUGUGAUUAAGGAAGCUGCUGAGGCUGGUGUAGCUAUAGAUGAGGAUGAUGAUGCAGAUGUUGAAUUCACUCUCCCCUCUGACACUGAAGAUGAUUACGAGCCUGAGCUGCUGUUAAUGCCAACCAAUCAGCCCGUUAACCAGCCCAUUCUGGCUGCUGCUCAGUCUCUACAUCGGGAAGCAACCAAGUGGUCUAGUAAGGGCAACGACAUCAUCGCUGCUGCCAAGCGGAUGGCGCUGCUGAUGGCAGAGAUGUCGCGCCUGGUGAGAGGAGGGAGUGGCAACAAGAGAGCCCUCAUUCAGUGUGCAAAGGACAUUGCCAAGGCGUCGGAUGAAGUCACCCGAUUAGCCAAGGAGGUGGCCAAGCAGUGCACUGACAAACGCAUCAGAACAAACCUCUUGCAGGUCUGUGAGCGAAUCCCAACCAUCAGCACACAGCUGAAAAUUCUCUCUACUGUCAAAGCCACCAUGCUGGGCAGAACUAAUAUCAGUGAUGAAGAGUCAGAGCAGGCAACUGAGAUGUUGGUUCACAAUGCCCAGAAUCUCAUGCAGUCUGUGAAGGAAACUGUGAGAGAAGCUGAAGCAGCAUCCAUCAAGAUAAGAACAGAUGCUGGAUUCACUCUUCGCUGGGUCAGAAAGACCCCGUGGUAUCAGUAAACAAUUGCCACUGAAGUGUUGUUUUCUGUAACAUAAGAUGCCUUUUCUUUUUUUUUUUUUUUUUAAACAGAAGAUAUAUUAACAGCAAAAGGUGCUGUAUACAUGAGCUUAAGAUUAGCUUAUGCUUAUGCCCCAUUAUAAGGGUAUGAACUAUCAGAGAAAGCAUUUCAAAUGUCUUUGGAAUGUAUUUGAUAUCAAAAACCUCAAAAUUGCUUCUACCAGUAGACAGUUCUUAUCCUUUUUUUUUUUCCUUUUGAAGAUUCUCUCCAUGCAUUCUGUACUCCCAGAAGCACAUUUCAUUUAUGCACUGUGUAGUCCAAGUAGUUUCCAUGUCAUGGUAUAGAACAUGGACCUCACUUUAAGCUAGUGCUGAGAGUCUAGGACACUACUGGUUACUUGGCAGGUUUUUAGGGACAGUCAUUGAUACAGGCACACUCAUCUUUUCCAUAGGAUUGUAGCUGGCUGUCCUUAAACCAUGUAAGAAAGAUGGAAGGUGUGGGGUUUUUAAUUAAAGGGGAGCAGCAGAACAGUUGCAAGCUGUGAGGAUUAAUAUUACAUGUCUGAAGUAGGAUUUUUGUUUUUUGCUUUUGAGUUUUGCCUGGCAACAGUACUUGAACAAAAACUGGAGCUGUCUUUGUCACCCUGUAAGUAGGCAUUCCAGAACUCUUGUACUGUACUGAGAUGCUCUGCAGUGGCUGUUUGUAGCACACAGUUGAUAACUUAAACCUUAAAUCAUGGAACUCUUUCCUUCUUGCUCAAUUCAGUAAUGUAUUGAGCUGAAAAUCUUGGUUCUCUUUAGCUACCUGCACACCCAGGACCAGAAAAUGCCACGUGCUGGCUCUUUCCUUUUGAAAACCAAAUAAGCACAUGCAACUUUUAUAUUCCUCUUCCCUCCAUCUCAUGUUAUUCCAGCCACUCAAGGUGGAAAUUAAAAGGUAAAUAUAUUCAAUGAAAAAAAAGACCUUUUGACUCACUGCCCUUGUUUCCAAGAUGAGCUUUUUGAAACCCAAGCACUGCCAGGCCACGAAGCCCUUUUUUAGGUAGUCUGAUGGCUACCAGCAAACUGGUUCUUAAUGCUAAACAUACCAGAAUAUUCUUACUGGUUUUGACACUUGGAGUUUGAAGGCUCAAAAAAUUUUUUUUUCCAAGUUCAAUGGUGCAUUUAACAAAGUGUUUUACUGUAUCUUUUAAAACCCAAAACCCAACCACAAAACUAAACCGUCCUUCUCGCUUACUAAAAUAGAUCUGGGAUGCUUUUACCCUUAACUGAAUAUGCCUUUAUAUAUAUAUAUAUUUAUAUACAAACACACACACUGAUUUAAUUGCUCUAUAGUCUCUUUUGGUAUUUGACAGAAAGGAGAAUUAUUUCAGGAGUCUCUACACCUGCAAGGAACACUUGCAGACUGUUGCCCAGCUCAGCACUGACCUCACAAUGCCCUCUGAAUUUGCUGAAAAUUGUUGCAUGAUCAAAAAAACACCUUCAGCAGGAGUGCCCUUGGGGGAAGAACUGCUCAGUCUUAACAGCUCAAGGGAGAGACACACAACAUACCUGUCCUUUACCUGUCUACAACAAUCACUGUACACCUGGACUCCCUCCCCUCCACCUCCCCCUUCAUUGCACUGUUAUCUAAAAAAAGGGAAGUUCACCUGAUUUUAAUCCACCUGCCUCAAACUGACCUUAGCAAGAGAAAACAGGUGUUUGAUCUUCAACUCACUCCUUGUGUCUGGGUGUUAGGAAAUACGUGGUACUUAAGAGCUUUCCUUAGUGUUCUCUUCCUGCAAUUACCUGCAACAGGGAGAGAAAGGAAGAGGUGCCAGAGCCUUAACCUCAAUGUCUUGCAUUUGGUUGGUUUAUACCAGAUCUUUAACAUAAUUGUAAUGUUUCUAUUUAAUAGUAAAUAUCACUGAAUAAGUAGGGGUUAUUUGUAAGGGAUUUUCUAAUUAGUCUUCCUGUAUUAUUUUUCAAUGCUUCUCACAUUUCCCCACCCCUUUUCUCUGUGAGAUCUCCUUUUUCUUUUUAGCAUCACUGUUUAGUUGCUUCACUGAUAUUAAUGCAAUAUUACUAAUGCCUUUAAUACAUAAUUGUUUAUGCCAAAGAUCACUUUUUGUUUAUUGAGGAAUGUUUGCAGCAAAGUUAUGAAUCAUGGUUGCCUUUGAUACUCUUCCAGAAUGUUUGCUCUGAGUUCUUGAACUGUUUUGUAGAAGCUGAGAUACUUGUCCACCUUAUGCAAGUACUGCCUUGUUGUUUCUGUUUGUGUUUUUAUUUCUUUUGAACACUAUUGGCCUUCAAAUCUGAAAUGC